AUGAAGACUGAAAAAUUUAACUGCGGUAACUGGUCUGGUGCAGUUGCCCAAGGCAAGCUCUACAAGCUCAUUAUAGAAACUACUACUGGGUGCAUGAAGCUGCUGGAGUGUGAUGAAGAAAGCUCCAUCCAGACAGAGGAAGCACUUACCAAGAGGAUUCAGAUCAAAGUGCACUUCAGUAGAAAAUCUUUGUUCAGAGGGAGAAGACGGUCAAUUAGGCCAGAAGAAAACCUGAGGACUUUCAGAUCUGUUAUCGGGCAAAUUCAGUGCAUUGAAACGCGCUACAGUCCCGCACAGCAUUACAUUUCCGUGCGGCACGUUACAGAUGUGCCAUCCCAGGAAGGUCACCGCUCGGAGGAGGAAUCGGAGCCGCCCAAGGCAGAAAGUGAUGUCUUUCUCAUCAGGGCGCAAGGAUUCCCCUUCUCCUGCACCGAGGAAGACGUGCUUUCCUUUUUUGAUAGCUGUAAAAUUCGAAACGGUGAGAACGGCAUACACUUCCUCUUAAACAGGGAUGGGAGACGAAGAGGGGAUGCCUUGAUCGAGCUGGAGUCAAAAGCAGAUGUCCAGAGAGCGUUGGAAAAGCACCUGAGGUAUAUGGGCCCACGCUAUGUGAAAGUUUUUGAAGUACACGAUAGUGAUGUAGAGGGCUUACUACAAAAUCUGCGGGAUGAGUCACAAGCCAUGAAUGAUGGAGUUGUACUACUCAGAGGCCUUCCAUUCAGCUCCACUGAGGAGGAUAUUGAAGUUUUUUUCUCAGGUUUGAAAAUAACUGACAUAGUUUUUGUUUACCGGGGAGAAAGAAGAACAGGAGAAGCUUUCGUGCAGUUUGCAGCUCCGGAAAUGGCAGCUAAAGCCCUUUUACGACACAGGGAAUAUAUGGGAAAUAGAUACAUAGAAGUGUACGUGAGUAGAAAGCAUCAAAUGCAAAGGCAUGUGCCUUAUGACAAGCAGAUGGUGACCUACCCCAAAGUGAGAAAAGAACACGAACCCGUUUCUGAAGAAAGGGGAUCGAGUGACAUGGGAAGCUCUGAUGAUGAAAGAGAAAAUAAAUUGGGCAGGGAAGGAACGGAAAGCCCCAGGCAGGUUUUAGAAUCUGGGAACAUCUCAUCACCGCUGCCCUUUGUCCACGUGAGGGGUUUUCCUACCCAAGCUAGCACCCAAGACAUAAUAAAUUUUUUUGCUCCACUGAAGCCCACAAGGAUCAUGGUAGAAUACGACUCCGAUGGAGAUGCCACAGGAGAAGCGGAUGUACAUUUUGAGAGCCAAGAGGACGCUGUUGCUGCUAUGGCCAAGGAGGGGUCACAGCUGCGUAAGUAA